AUGGCCGGCACAGAAAAUGUGACCGAGCUGGUCAUCACUGGGCUUUUCCGGGGUGCAGAGGUGCAGAGAGCGUGUUUUGUGCUCUUCCUGCCCGUCUACCUGGCCACGCUGCUGGGCAACGGCCUCAUCGUCCUGACGGUCAGUGUCAGUCAGAGCCUGCGCUCCCCCAUGUACUUCUUCCUGGGCUACCUGUCCCUGGUGGAGAUCUGCUACUCCUCCACUGUGGUGCCUAAAUUUCUCACUGACCUUCUUGUCGAGGUCAAAACCAUCUCCUUCCAGGGCUGCCUGGUGCAGAUUUUCUGCCUCCACUUCUUUGCUGUUGUUGAGAUUCUCCUGCUGGUGGUGAUGGCCUAUGACCGCUACGUGGCCAUCUGCAAGCCUCUGCAUUAUAUGAGCACGAUGAGACGUCAACUGUGUCAUGGCCUAGUGACUGGUACGUGGCUGGGGGGCUUUCUUCACGCCCUCAUUCAGAUUCUCAUCACCAUCCCGCUGCCCUUCUGUGGCCCCAAUGUGAUUGACCACUACUUCUGUGACCUCCACCCCUUAUUCAAGCUGGCCUGCACCGACACCUCUGUGGAGGGGAUUAUCGUGCUGGUCAACAGUGGAUUAAUCUCCCUCUUUGCCUUCCUCACCUUGCUGUGUUCCUACAUCGUCAUCCUGCUCAGCCUGAGGAACCAUUCUGCGGAGGGGAGGCGCAAGGCCCUCUCCACCUGCGCCGCUCACAUCACGGUGGUCGUCUUGUUUUUUGGACCCGCCACCUUCCUCUAUGUGCGUCCUGCCUCCACCUACACCGAGGACAAGCUGGUGGCUGUGUUUUUCACAGUCUUUACUCCCGUGCUGAACCCCAUCGUCUACACACUCAGAAACAUGGAGGUGAAAAUCGCCAUCAGGAAAUUGUGGGGCAGAAAGGCAAACUCGGGGAUGGGAAAGUAA